AUGCAGCAAAAACCGCUGCGAGUGGGAAAUGUUUCGGGCGCGACGGGCGACAGCCCGAAUGCGAUGUAUCGCAUGGCACAGGACGGAAAUGUCGAUGUCAUUGUUGGAGACUGGCUAUCCGAAAUGAAUAUCGCUUGGAACGCGAUUGCGAAGGCCCAGGACCCCUCCUUAGGCUAUGAGCCUGGUUUCCUAAUGCAACUCGGCGAAUCGAUUGAUCUGAUAAUGGAGAGGAAGAUUAAGGUCGUGACUAAUGCCGGGGCACUGAACACAGAAGCAUUGGCUAAAGAAGUCCGUGAUAUGUGUCUAGGCAAGGGAUAUCGAGACGUGAAAAUCGCCGUUGUGCUUGGUGAUGACAUAUCCGAGUUGGUUCAAGACCCCAAGACUCGUAGCAACCUGGCUCAUCUUGAUCAUCCGGAUUGGAUUUGUGAGGACUGGCCUCUUGACCCACAUUGCGGUGUGGCAUAUAUUGGAGCAUGGGGGAUUGUUGAAGCCCUCAAGGCUGGCGCGGAUAUUGUGCUCUGUGGUCGUGUCACCGAUGCAUCCCCUGUGAUAGGCGCCGCAGCAUGGUGGUAUCAGUGGUCCAAAGACGCAUGGGAUAAGCUUGCGGGUGCUUUAGUUGCAGGCCAUUUGAUCGAGUGUGGUCCUUACGUCACAGGAGCCAAUUUCUCUGGCUUCAAAGCGAUUUUACCAAAAUUGGUAGAUCUUUCUUUCCCAAUAGCAGAGAUCGAAGCAGACGGUACCUGCAUCAUCACUAAGUGUCAGCAAUAUGCUGGUGCAGUGACAAAGCAUAACACUAUUGCCCAAUUCCUCUACGAACUCCAAGGAGAACAAUACCUCAACUCGGAUGUUGUGGCGGAUCUCCACAACGUUGAGAUUGAAGAAAUAGGCUCGGACCGCAUACGAAUCUGCGGCAUUGCUGGAAACCCACCACCUGAUACAACUAAAGCAAUCAUUGCCGCACCUGGUGGCUACCAAGCCGAGGCAACCUUCUACAUCAACGGAUUAGAUGUCGCCGAAAAGGCAGAAAUGAUGCGCAACCAGCUAUCCCAUAUCUUCCGCCAUAAUAAGUUCAGCAAACUAUCCAUCGAGCUGUACGGCUGCCCAUCCGCAGACCCAAAAAGCCAGCAAGAAGGCACCGUAUCCCUUCGUGUCUUUGCACAAGCGAGGAAAUUGGAAGAUAUCGCUGCUUCGAAAUUCAAAAUUCCCAUCUAUGCUCUUCGCAUGCAGAGCUAUCCAGGCUAUCAUAUGAAUCUCGACUUCCGCACCAUGGACCCAAAGCCGUUUAUGGAAAUCUUCCCUGUGUCGAUUAAGAUGAAUCUUCUCAAUCACCGGGCUAUAUUGUUUCCAGAUGGUCCCGAGAUCCAAGUCGCGCCUCCAUCCAUAACUAUGAAACAGCCAGUUCAACGGCCCUCUUAUGAGACUAUGCAUCCUGUCUCUUUGGAGUCAUUUGGCCCAACACAGCUAGCACCAUUAGGAAGCAUUGUGCAUGCACGAUCUGGUGACAAGGCGAACAACUCUAAUAUCGGCUUUUUUGCACGACAUGAUGACGAAUAUCCAUGGCUACAAUCGUUUCUUACAGUUUCUCAGUUGAAACUCUUGUUUGGAGAUGACUGGACUGAUAAUACGGAAGAUGGAGAAGAGAGAAGGGUGGAGCGCUGUGAGUUUCCCAAUAUUUUGGCAGUCCAUUUCCGCGUUCUGGAUUUUCUGGAUGGCGGUAUUGCCAGUUCGAGCAGAAUUGAUGGGCUUGGUAAGGGCAUUGGAGAAUUUCUUCGCAGUCGGCUAGUCCCUGUUCCCGUGAGGUUUCUUGAAAAAGGUCGCAUUUGA